AUGACUAAUUGGGAUUCCACUAUUCUAAAGGGAGAAUAUGUCCAUAUGAGAUGCGUAGCUCAUAUAAUCAAUUUGAUUGUUACUGAUGGCUUAAAAGAUAUAAAUCAAUCUGUGAUGAAGGUAAGGAAUGCAAUCAAAUAUGUUAAGCAAUCCCCCUCUAGAUUAAGCAAGUUCAAAGAAUGUGUAGAGAUUGAAAAAAUUGAAAGCAAGAACUCAUUAUGUUUAGAUGUACCAACCAGAUGGAACUCAACUUUCUUGAUGUUGAACACAACUCAAAAAUUUGAAAGAGCUUUUGAUAGGUUUGAUGAACAAGAUCCAUGUUUUAAAUUAGAUCUUCAAUAUACAGAAUGGCAUGUUCUUUUGAAUGAGAAUGAAGAGAUGAUACUUGAAUUAGAUGGUAAACCUAAAAGAGAAUUGAAGACUUUUGAUGGGAAACCAACAAGUGCAGAUUGGAAUAAUGUUAGACUUUUUGCAUCUCUACUGCAAGUUUUUUAUGAACUAACAUUAAAAGUUUCAGGAUCUUUGUAUGUCACAUCCAAUACUUUUGCACACGAGAUUAGUUAUAUCCAUACCAUCUUGAAGGAGUGGCAACAAAGUGAUGAUAUUGAUGUGUAUUCAAUGGGAAUUAGAAUGAAAAACAAAUUUGACAAGUAUUGGGGAGAUCCGGAGAAAAUGAAUAAGUUGCUUUAUAUUCCAGUGGUGCUUGAUCCAAGGCAUAAAUUAGAUUUCGUAGAAUUUAUGUUGAUUGAAUUAUAUGGAGAUGAGAAGGGUGUAAAAGUAGGAAAGAUAAUAAAGGACACUUUAUUUGCUUUGUACAAGAAUUAUAAGGAAAAAAUGGAGCCUCAAUGUGGUACUUCAAUAGUUUCAUCUAUUCCAAAAUCAGUUGACAAUGAUAAUACUUCAACAAAUAUGAGUGAUUUGAAAAGACAAUCAAUCAUAGCGAAGUAUAAGAAACAAAAGGCACAAGUUUUUGGUGAUGGCAAUAUGUCAGAAUUAGACAAGUAUCUUAAUGAAAUAGUUGAAGAAUAUUGUGAUACUUUUGACAUUUUGGGAUGGUGGAAGCAAAAUUGUCACAGAUUUCCUAUUCUUUCUCAAAUUGCUCGUGAUGUAUUAGCUAUUCCUGUUGGUGCGGAUUUCGCAAAAAUCAUAAUGGACUCAUCUUCUUCGACAACACCGGUGACACAAAGAUCAAUGCUAUAUAAAAUCACUUGCGGAAAGAAAAAGUUUGAUACUUUGAUCUAG